CGAGAACACGCGCCGGCCGUCGCGCGACUGCGACCGGUCGAGCGAUCGAUCCUGUGAUAAAUCCGACGUUUACUGGAUUUAUCGCACGACUGCGUUGAAACGAUUUGUGGUUGCGGUGAAAGUGUGGAGUAGGAUUUUUAUUGUUUCGAAGUAAAUGAUAUCGAUGCCGAUAUGAAAUGAAAAUUCAAGAAGAUAUCAGACCUUUUUGGUUGAUCAUAUUCUUUCUAAAUCAGUCAGAAUGUGAUUGGCUUAAUUGUGGUAAUAUUGAAAAAUGUCACUGCAAAUGGUCAUCGGGGAAGAAGACCGCCGUCUGCUCUUCAGCAAAACUAACAAGUAUACCACGACUGUCUGCAGAUAUACAAGUUUUGGACUUACACGAGAAUAUUUUACAAGAAAUAAAUAGAGACACAUUUACUGAUAUAGACUUGUUAAAUCUACAAAGAUUGAAUUUAAGUGAUACCAAAUUAAAAAGAAUCCACAACAACGCAUUUAGAGAAUUAAGAAUUUUAAUAGAGUUGGAUCUCUCUCAUAAUCGACUUCAUCAUUUGUCACUUGAAGUAUUCGAUGGAAUUGAUCGCUUAAGACAUUUAAUACUAAACGAUAAUCCACUUAAAGAAUUCCAUGCUGAACAAUUCCCUAUACUACGUCAUCUGAAGAAACUAGAAAUAUCAAAAUGUCAACUUCAGAAAAUUCACCCCCUAGCAUUUUCAAAUCUGAGAGUACUAGAAACAAUUCAUGUACAUCAGAAUUUACUAUCAUCCAUUCAUCCGAACACCUUCAACUUGCCAUUUUUGAAAACUUUAACAUUGUCUGAUAAUCCUUGGUAUUGUGAUUGUAAAUUACGGGAUUUCCAUGAAUGGUUUCUUAACGCAAAUUUAGGGAAUGAAGAAGUAUUAUGCACUGGACCGAAGAAUUUCGCUAACACAUCAUGGCAAUAUUUAAAACAAAACGAAUUCGUUUGCCCGCCAUUUGCUAUUACUAGUCCCACUGUUUUGAGAGCAGAAGUGGGCGCUGAGAUUGCUUUCGGAUGCUUCGUUACUGGAGAUCCAAUGCCGAAUGUUUCUUGGUAUUUAGGUAACAAAGAAAUACAAGAUUUGAUGACAGAAGAACUCAGAAUUAAAGUCAUCAAACAUGACGUAGAGAAUGAAUAUUCUGAUAUGAUAAAUAAAAGUGCCCAAUGGGUCAAUAUAAGUAUUUCAAAUAUAACGGAUGAAUUCUCAGGAGAAUGGACAUGUCAUGCCAAUAGUUUUGUUGGCGAAGCAAGUGCUAGUUUAUCUUUAUUUUUAUCAACACCACGUACAGCAACCGCACGUUCUGCUCCAGAAUUUCCUAAAUUCAUAUUAGUAAUUAUUUCCAUAUUAAGUCUGACUUUAAUCGGAUUUAUAGCUACUUGUAUUUGUUGGAAAACUAAACGCCGUAGUUUAACUCCGAGUAAAAGUUUCAUAGAUCAGGAAAAGAAAUUACUCGAUUCUUCUUUAGCCAGUUGUGGUCGACAGAGUGUUGAUUUAAGUUCAUCGUAUGGCUUUGAAAUGUUAGACAGGUCAGCGUCUAUCGACAGUACGGACACUCAACGUUGUUUGGAUACUGUUCAAAUUACUUUAGAAACUUCUGGGCAAUUUCCUUCACCGCCGAUAGAGUUUACUUUACCGAGUUCUUUCGCUAAUAUAUUUAUAUCGGUGCAGUUAACCGACAAAGGUGAUGGUAACUCUGAUUUUUUGGGGAAUGAUAGAAACGUGUCUCAUUGUAGACCAUGUUUUUUGGAAUCAUCAAAUGAAAAUACCUGUACUAAAUUUAGAACACCCAGUUGUUCAACUUGGUCUUUUUCAGAAAACAAUGCAACUAGUCGUACAAUGGAAAGGAAUUUAAAAACUUCUUUGUCGUCCUUUUCAAAUGAAUUCACAGCACUUUGAAGUAGUCGUGGAAAAUAUUAUAUUGUACUUCGGAUUGUCAUAUUUCAUUUCACAAUAUGAAAAUUUAUAUUGUACUCUAUAUCGUGUUAAUUAGCUUUAUUCGUUUUGAGUUGAAUUUAUUACUUAGGUUUAUUUACGUGAAUUAAAUAAUAAAACAAUUGACAGUAGCUUUUAUGAAUAGCUGAUAUGAAUGAUGACAUUAACUAAAACUGAAUUUGAUAAAGUAAUAGAAAGUUCAAUUUAUGUCAGUAAUAGUUUUUAACUUCACGCACUUUUUAAACUCUAUUUUAGGUCUAGUAUUACUUAGUAUCUCAUAUCAUUCUAGAAAUUUUCUAUAUCUCUGAUUAUGUUUCGGAAAUCAUUGAAAUCUGUAUUUCUUCACAAUAAUGUUUUCUCGUCAAAUGUUAAUUGUUUUAGUGACAUUUUACUUUUAAAUAGGUGCAAAAUUUUUAUAAGAAACUAAGAUGGAUAGUUCUAGAAAUUAUUGAAGAAGCGUAGUCAUUUGUUUAAAUACUUUCAACCGAUAUUUAUGGCGCUAACUAGUAUUUAAUUAGUAACGUAAUUUUGUAUGUA